GUGCCGGUAUCUUUCGGCUGUACACAAUACAUAGAUGUUAUUUAGUUUUUUUUUGUAAAUAGAAUCAACCUUGACUGAUGAUUGGAUCAGUAAAUGCGGCAGAAGGCCGCCAAAAAUUUAGUUAGAAAUUACAUGAAGAAGUUAUCUUAAAUUUUGGAGUUUCAAUAAAUGUUUGGAAGGUGACUGAUUUAAGACUGGUUGUGAAAUUAUGAUUUUCACUUUUUUCUUAUCACGCUUAUCACAUAAUUUGCGUGGUUCUCCAUCACAGAGAUAAAAAAUAAGACAUAUAACACUGACAAGUCUGCUUUUGGGCAUCAGUAUUGUAUGAAUUGUCUUUGGAGUCCAACGCAAUUUUCUGAGUUCCACCAGUGAAAUCUUGAGUAUUUUUCUCUGAAGAUGUUUCAAGAACUUGUGUACGUUCUAAGUGGUUUGGGAAUUCUAUUCUAUGUCUUUAUGACAUGGAAUUUUGAAUAUUGGAAGAAGAGGAAGGUUCCAGGACCACCGCCAAGAUUUUUGCUAGGAAAUCUUCCAAGUUUUAUUACACAGAAGGAAUUUGUUGCUUACGAGGUGGACAGAUUGUACAAAGAAUUCAAAAACCGUUAUGGUUUCAUUGGAUUUUUGAAUGCGAGAUCACCGAAUGUCUUAAUUAUAAACCCGGAAUUGGUUAAGGAGGUUCUCAUUAAGAACUUCCGAUCAUUUUCGGACAACACAUUUGCCAGUUUCACUGACAAGGAGAGUGAUCCUAUUUUCGGAAGAAAUCCAUUUAUGCUCAAAGGUACAGAAUGGAAGGAAAAACGGGCUGAGAUCACUCCAGCAUUCACAGUCAGCAGAAUCAAGACUAUGUAUCCGGUCGUUGAGGAUGUGUGCUCUGUCAUGAAGCAGUACAUCCAGCGAGAGAAUAAGAAGAAUCCCAAAGGAUUCGAUGCUAAAGAACUGAGUGCCAAGUUUACAACGGAUGUUGUAUCAAAUUGCAUUUUUGGUCUCGAUGCUGGAUCCUUUACCAAAGAAAAGGCCAUCAUCCGUGAGAUGGGAAAGGAACUUUUUACGCCAAAUUGGAGAAUUCUUGUUUACUUCUUCAUCCUUACAGUCUUCCCUGCCGUUAGGCAUAUCUACAAAAUGCCCUUCGUCCCGAAGAACGUAGAACAGUUCUUCGUGAAGAUCAUGAAGGAUGCCAUUGCAUUCAGGAAGAAAUCCAAUUUAGAUCGGUUUGACUACCUCCACUACCUCCUUGAACUCAAAGAAAAGAAAAACCUCAAUGAGCUCGAUAUGGUAGCCCAUGCAGUGACAUUCUUUAUCGAUGGAUUUGAGACGUCUAGUAUUGCUUUGUCAUUCGCACUGUACGAAAUUGCAAAUAACAAGAAUGUCCAAGAAAAAUUGCGCAAUGAGAUAAGAGAUACUCUAGCAAAGCACGGAAAAAUUACCCAUGAUGUUGUGUCUGAAAUGCCUUAUCUCGACCAGGUAUUUAUGGAAAGUCUUCGCCUGUACCCACCUGCAGCAAUUUUGGCAAAAUUAGUCACUGAGACCACCGAACUGAAACUUUCCGAUGGAGACUACAGGACCAUUGAAAAGGGAAUGGAAGUCUUCAUACCCGUUUACAGUUUGCAACGCGAUUCUGAAUACUUUGACCAACCCGAUAGCUUCAUUCCCGAGCGGUUUGAUCAGGAAAAUGGUGGUGUCAAGGCAUUCCGUGAUAAGGGUGUAUUCUUGCCUUUCGGAGAUGGACCUAGGAUUUGCUUAGGACAGAGAUUUGCCCUGGCUCAAGUUAAAGCGGCGAUUGUGUCUUUGGUUAAAGACUUUGACAUUAGUGUUAAUCCGAAAACUAAAGUGCCUCUUGUCUUCGAUCCAAAACAGUUCUUGAUUUAUCCCUUGGAUGGAAUUUGGCUUGACUUCAAGGAACUCUAAAGU